AUGUAUUUCUAUCAAGCCAUUCAAUUUAAUGUUUCCAUGAAUGGAAAUUAUACUAUUGGAUGUAAUAGUAGUAUUGAUACAUAUGGUUAUAUAUACAAUAAUAGUUUUGAUCCAUUUUAUCCAAUUGGAAAUCUCUUAGCAGAAGAUGAUGAUAGUGGUGAUAAUAAUCAAUUCCUGUUCUCAAUAUUUCUUCAGACUCUGACACGAUAUAUUUUGAUUGUAACAACAUAUGAUGGAUUAGACACAGGACCAUUUUCAAUCAUUGCAUCUGGCUUGUCAUCAAUUAGAUUUUCUCAAAUCAAUGCAUUCAGUAAGCACUCAAUGUAUUUCAAAGAGCUCAUAUGUCCACAAAAAACUAAUUUUAUCCCGUUUUACUUUUAUGCUGUAGAAACUGGUAAGAUUUUCAUAUUCGCUACACUUUAG